UUAAAGCCAUUUAAUGUGUUGUGCGGCAGAAAAAAGUUAAAUUAAUACAAAAUGAAGCUGCUGAUCAAUACGCGUCAGCUGCUGCGGCACCCAAUAAUACGCUCCAUGACAACAACAACACAACAUAAGUCGCAUGACGUAGCCUGCGAGCCACCGGCUUUAACCAGCGUACAGCUGGAUGAACUGGAGCGCAAUGUGCAGAUGCGACACCAUAAAAACAAUGUGCCUCUAAUACGUGAGCUUUUGAAAGUUGUUCAAGACAGCGGGCAGACGAAUACUGAGGCAAGUCGUCAGCUGGCGGAGCAACUGCAGCAGUUGCCAAAUGCAACACAUCCACGUCUGCUGAGCUAUGACAAUCAGCCGCUUGAGCUGGCUAACUAUGAGCAUCGCGAACUGCCCAAGCAGGGUGCCAAGGAAUUUUCAGAGCUGGCGCGUGCUCUUAAUCUCUAUCGCAUGGAUCAUUUGGGAAACUACACGGGACACAAAAGCUACUAUCUGACAGGACAAUUGGCCAUGCUGGAGCAGGCUAUCAUACAGUAUGCGCUGCAGAUACUUACAAAUCAUGGCUUUAAGCUUAUCUCUGUACCGGAUAUACUGCCCAAAGAGAUUAUUGAAAGCUGUGGCAUGCGCACCGAAGGCGAACGAACGCAAGUCUACAAACUGCAGACGGGGGAGUGUCUCUCGGGCACUUCGGAAAUGGCGCUGGCUGGCUUCUAUGCCAAUAAAGUGCUGGAGGAGGAGCAGCUGCCACUUAAGCUUGCCGCCGUAAGCCGUUGCUAUCGUGCCGAGACCUCGGGUUUGCAUGAGGAGAAGGGCAUUUACCGUGUGCAUCAGUUUACGAAGGUGGAAAUGUUCGCUAUUACUACGUCCGAGGAAUCAGAAGCUAUGCUAGAGCAGUUUAAGGAAACUGAGCUAACUAUGUUUAAGCAAUUGGGUCUCAAUUUUCGUUUGCUGGAUAUGCCGCCUUGUGAGUUGGGCGCACCUGCUUAUCAGAAAUAUGACAUAGAGGCAUGGAUGCCUGGUCGCCAGAUGUGGGGCGAAAUUUCUAGCUGCAGUAACUGCACGGACUACCAGGCCAAGCGACUGGGCAUUCAAUAUAAACGGGCAAGUGAUGGGCGUGUGCUUAGUACUCAUACCAUCAAUGGCACGGCUGCGGCCAUACCACGUUUACUAAUUGCAUUGCUAGAGUCCUAUCAGCAUAUGGCCGCUAGCCAUGCUGAGGCCAUGGAGAUACCCAUACCAGAUGCACUGGUGUCUUUUAUGCACGGUCAACGCGCUAUAAAGAAGAACAAGCGUAUACCAGAGACAAAACUUGUAAAGUUCAUUAAGGCUGCUUAAGUUUCGUUAAUUAAUUAUUUAGAAAAUAUAUAUAUUGUGCAAAAUAUUAUC